AUGUCACCACGUCAACCUAGAUCAGUAAUUCUUCUUAUCAUACUCUAUUGUCAUCAACAGUUGUGCCAAAACGUCGACGACGACGAACCAAAUUGCGCCACUCUCGUUUCUUGUCCAACAUUUAGAGACUCCCAAAACAUAAACAAGUGGUCUGAGCCAAGCCAAUGCAUCGACGCAUCGACCAACUUUCCUCGAGCCAGAAGUGACCACGCCUCAGCUGUUUACACCCGAGGACCCCUCAACGAUUCCAACGCAGAUAACAAUCAGCGCAUGGUGAUGUUCGGAGGCGGCGUAUACGGCCAGAAUGCAAGCGAUCUGGUUACUUUUGGUGACACAUGGCUGUACUACCCGUCGAUCAAUUCCUGGUUUGCACCCGAAUAUGACAUUCAUCCUUCUAACAGAGUCGACCACACUAUGACGACACUGUGCGACACUAAGGUCAUUCUGUUUGGCGGAGUCGACACGAAUAACACUGUGAUGAACGACACCUGGUUGUUCAACGGCGUUACAGAAACAUGGAAGGAGCUACAGCCUUCUGUGCGCUCAAUCGGCAUAACUCCACGACAUUUCCACUCCGCAGUGGCGCUCUACCAACCCGACAGUCACUGCAAGUGUAACCGCUCGCUCAUUGUUUACGGUGGCCGAAGAAACGCUACAGGAGAUCUCAAAUAUGCUCAAGUCGCCGACUAUAGACAACUAUGGGAGCUGAGAUGCGUCGACGAUUCCGAUAAUCGAGACGUUUACGAAUGGAUCGUUCACGAACGCCGCGGGGACGGCCCGAGUUCGCGCCUAGAACCAAGCGUCGUCUCAUUCGGAGACUCGACAAUGUAUUUCUGGGGUGGUGUCCGCGAGAAUCUCUUCAAGCCGUCAGAUGUGUGGCGCUACGAGCUCGUGUCAAACAAUUGGACUCUCAUCACGGCCUAUACGUUUACUAAAAGCAGCACAGGAAAGAUAACCGAAGGAACGGUCGGUGGAGCACAAAUUGCCGUUCCCUUUUGGUUCAAAAACAGACGUGUGGGUCUGACGACGACAGUACAGAGUCCCAAUAAACAGUACUUUCUCGACGUCGAUACGGGAGAGCAAAUCGUUUCUUCUUCUUUUAGAAAUUCGACGACGCAAGUUGUUGCUAGCUAUUAUCUGUACUCGAGUGUGUUGAUUGGCAGGGUCGUUCUUGUUUACGGAGGCUACUCUGCUACAUUCGGAUACAACGACAGAGUGUGGAACCUGACAAUUACGUCGGAUCAGUGGAAUUUUGUGCCUAAUCCGUAUCCGCAGAAGACCCCACGUGCAAGGGUUCUACUUCCUAGCAAUGCCGUCGUUGUUGGAGAUUCAAUAUACCUGUUUGGUGGGCUAUUUUACCUCACGUAUUACAGCGAGCUUGUUCCGCACGAUGUGUGGACUUUCAGCAUGAAAUCGAGGGCUUGGUAUCGAAGUUGGGUGUCGUUCAAUCCUCCCUCGCGCAUGCUGGCUGCUUUAGGUGUUGUCAACGAUUCGGUUGUGGUUGUCUUUGGUGGGACAGUGACGGAUUCAUACGACGAUCUUAUCAACUCUUCUCUAGUCAAGAGCGCUAGUAAUGAGACCUGGGCUUACUAUACGAAUUCUCGCCGUUGGGUGCGACUGGAAAGUGGGCUAUACCCUACAGGCCGUGUUGCGUCAAAUUUUGUUUCAAUGCCUAACGAUUCGUUGCUGAUGUAUGGCGGAAAUAUUCCCGGUCAGUUACCUUCGAAUGAGCUUUGGAGAUUUGAUUUAUGCGAUCAUUACUUCUCUGCUACUAUGCAGAGAUGCGACGGAUGGACGAGACUUGGUCCUAAUGGGGAUGCUAACGAGAUCUGGCCAAGUAGUGGACAGUACUACGCAACGUCAAAACUGGACAACUCUUUGAUUAUGUUUAAAUUUAUGAAAGAUCAAAAUAAUCUUGAAAUUUGGAAAUUUAAUAUGACAAACGGGAAAUGGAUGAAACGUAAAAUCGAGAGUGUUCCUAUUUCACUCCUGACACCAGGUUUUAUCUAUUCGACGUCUUACCAGAGAAAACUUCUUGUUGUCAAACAAAACGUUUCGAUACCGUCUUGGAUUCAAGGUGAGACACCUCUAGGUGGUGGAGUUGUGCUUUCGUAUUCCGAUAUCAACCCGCAAUGGUUGACCCACUCUGAGGGUCCAUCAGUGGGUGUAGGAGCUAUGGUGGCAUACAGGAACAAGGUCAUUGUUGUUGGUUUAAGAAAUGACAACAGUCACAAUACGGCCACCAAUAAGCUGUUCGUAUCUGUUAUGACUCCGCGGUGCUCUGCUGGUUACUUUACAAAAGACUGGUUUGCCAACGAUUGCGUCAUUUGUCCGGCUGGAGAGUAUGCUGAGUCCGGCUCUCUACAGUGCUCCAGGUGUCCAGCGGGUCGCACAACGUUCACUACUCCAGCCACUUCUGUCGACGAUUGCCAGUGCGACGACACUUACUGCUUGAAUGGCAAGUGCCACGUCGUGUUGAACAGCUCUCAAUCUGCUAUGUGUCAAUGCACCUUUGGCUACGCGGGAACUCGUUGUCAAAUAAACCAUCUACAAUUCAUUGUCCUUGGGGUGUGUAUCGCAUUCUUCAUCGUCGCAAUUAUUACCGCUCUUCUCAUUCGAAAGUGUAUCAGCUACAAGCGAGGUCAGGUUAAAGCCGAAGAAAAGCUUUACGAAGCAGAGGAAGAGCUCACUUCUUUGCGAAAGGCUUGGUCUAUAGCAAGCGAGGAAAUUACUCUAAAUGAGAGCAUUGGAGCUGGAUCGUUUGGGACAGUCAGUACCGCUUACUACAGAGACAUGAUUGUAGUUGUAAAAAAGCUACGCGAAGAUCUAAUACUACUUGUUGGCGAGGAAGAGGACUUUGCGAAAGAAGUUGAGUUCAUGCAGAGCAUUCGUCAUCCCAACAUAGUCCUGUUUUUCGGGGCGGGCAAAGAUGCGGACAACACUCCCUUCCUUAUUCUCGAGCAUGCUCCGAGAGGAUCUCUCAGAGACGUUCUAAACGACACUUCGAUUGUCGUCGAUAAAACUAGACGCGUUUCGUUCGCAUUCGACACGGCAAAGGGAAUGAAAUUUCUACACGGUCUAAGACCCAAGCGAAUUCACAGAGAUCUGAAGAGUUCCAACCUUCUUGUUAGCCAAGGAUGGACGGUUAAGAUUGCCGAUUUUGGUACAGCGCGAGUAAUCUCAACCAAGAGAAAGAUUGCAAACUUCUUUUCGUCUAAGAAGCGUUCUUCCGUCAGAAGACGAAGUACUCUGAAAGAUGACGAUUGUGUCGAGUUACAGAACAAAAGGAAGGAAGACUUAACCGAGCCUUUGUUGACAUCGAACGUCGGAACAGUGUUGUGGCAAGCUCCAGAGACAAUAGGCCACAACACACGUUACGGGCAGCCGUCAGACGUAUACAGUUAUGGUAUUGUCAUGUGGGAGAUCAUGACGCGUAGGAUACCUUACGACGAUCGUCCAGUUACGUUUGUUCACCAGCUGCGAAAAGACGUCCUCUCUGGCAUUCGCCCAACUAUCUCUGACGACAGCCUCCCAGAGUACGUGUCUAUCAUGGAAGACUGCUGGCAGACAACGGCCGCACUACGUCCUACAUUCAGAGAAGUCACACCUCGUCUAGAAGCACUUCAGCAAUCUCUGUAACGUAGACUCUCGGGGAUAUAGACAACACUACUCAGUUUCUAACAAUAUGGGUCAUACUACGUAUGUUUAGCAUAUUGAUAUCUAUAUUUGCACUUUUGUGUUUUGGUGGGUAAUUACUAAGGCGUGUUUCUGAUUAAUGCAUUUUAAAAAAUUGCAAUUGUCGAUUUAGAUUUGAUAUGGAAAAUAAC